GCCCUCAGUGUGGGACUGUCUCCCGUGGUGGGCGCCGCGCCCCACGCUGCGUCUUCUACACAAAAAUGCCACUUAUAUACAGGCAAAUAACCACUUCAAACCUGCCCCUGAAUAUCCUUAAAUUAAAAGAGAUGGUUACGACGCCGGCAGCAGGUCGAAUUGUUAGUGCAAAAUGAUCGGUUUGAGGCACAUCAGAGCGUUGCUGGCAGUGGUGGUGCUCAUCGCUUGCGUCAUUGUGUUCGGUACUCGUCUCAUUCCGGCUUCCUUGAACCCUGUUGGGAUCGGCAGUAAUAACUCUACGCAUCUGGAAGAUGUUCCGAGCUGCAGGUGCAAGCUACGGAAGUUGAAUGGCGGACCGUUGAUGGCUCAGCAGCUCGACUUGGAGCUACCUAGCCUCAACGCCACCACCUCUGAGCUCCUGGCUCGCCAUCACCCAAAUCUGCCUGUUGACCUUCUGUAUCAGACGAGCGGGAAGUUGUGCUGCUCUUUACUGCCUUCGCUCGUCAGCAUAGCGUGGGUGAACGUGUACUGGCAGGAGACGAGGUUGAACAACAUCCCCAUAUUGCUCUACUCUGCCACCUACGACCCCAACCCAGGAGGAGAGCCAUGCGUGAGGGUGUUGGGCGUGACCAGGAGCACCAACCCUCCCGCCGGCUGGUGUCACCUCUGGUUCAACCCACAACAACCUCCAGUCGUCGCCAAGGUCACCAAGAUUGACUACUUGGACUACCAAGGAAGGAGUGGGGACCGUCAGAUGCCCUUCAUGUUCACCUGUCCCCUACCGUCCCAGGCAGCCCACCUUCAGCCAGGUGCCGUCUCUCUCGUUAACCUGCCCUGUCAACCUGCCACUACUUUACUCCAGGUGGUGGGAGCCAAGGAGAGAGAGGCGUCAGCCUACCAGCAUGGACACAAGCCCGCCGACCCCACCAGGGCAGUGACUGGGUGGGUGCCGGCCGUGUGUGGUCCAGCUCUCUACUACUACCACAAGGACUUCUCCAAGCGACUGGUGGAGUGGCUGGAGAUCCUGCGGGCGGAGGGCUUCGGCAGGGUGUUCCUCUACACUGCCAACGUCCAUCCUAACAUUGAGAAGGUCCUUAAUUACUACGUGGAUGACGGCUUCGUUCAGCUCACCAGAUACUCCUACCCACCGCCAUAUAUCAACGAGCCCAGUAUUCAGAGAUUUUGGACAUUGGUAGAGAGGAAAAAAAUGUUCGCGCAGGAGAACAUAUACUUCAGCGACUGCCUCCUGCGGCACAUGCACCAGUACCGCUUCAUCGCUCACUACGACCCUGACGAGCUGCCCAUCUUGCUCCACCACCACAACUACACCCACUUCCUCGACCACCUUACACUUACCACACACAAUGAGAAGGCAAAACGGAAGCGGAAGACGCCAGUGGCUUAUAGGCUCCGGUGGAAUAACUUCUACAAUGACCUGUCGCCCCAGGGCGAGGCAGCAGAGGUGCCGGAGUACCUGUGGAUCCUGAGGCACACUCGCAGGACCGUCCAAAACCUCGGUGUCACUUCUGUCAACUUCAAGGCUCUGUAUGAUAUGAACACUGUCAGAGGCGUCUUCUCGCAUGGCGUCCUCGUCUGUACCACAGGCAAGUGUUCAAGGGCGUCGAUGCAGUCGGUCUCUCCAGAAGUCGCCUACCUCGGCCACUUCACCAGAGUGUGCGGCAAGAUGUGCGAGGCGGCCAACUCAACGAAGGAGGAGCCGUUUCUGCAUAAAUACAGAAAACCAGUAUCCGAGGCAGCAACUAGCGUACUUCAGAAACUGGAGCUAAUUUAAUAAAGGAAAUAUAUUCAUGA